UCUAGAUUGCGGCUAUCCAUAGCCUUCUGAUUCUCCCUCGCCGCCUUCCAUCUCUCUGCAUGAGCUCUCUUCAAACGCCCAACCUCAUCCUCACCAGCCCUCUUCAACUCACCAAUCCGAUCCUCAACCCCCUUCCUCACACCCCUCUCAGCAGCCAACUCCCUCUCCAAAACACCCCUUUCCUUCUCCACAACCCCCAGUCUCUCCACCACCCCAUCCCUCUCCCUCUCCACAACCCCCAACCUCUCCAAAACCACACCCCUCCUCUCCACCUCCUCAUCAACCAACCCCUGCAUCUCCUCCGCCCGCAUCGCCAUCUCCUCCAUCCGCUUCCAAUCGCUAUCCGCCUUCCGCACACGCAGUCGCUGCUCUCUGACCUCCUGCUCUGCCUCUGCCAGUGCUUCCUGGGUUUUCUUGAGCGUGGCUUGGAGGGUGGGGACUUGUUGCGCUAGGGCUUCGAGGGAGGGGAGGCGUGCGUGCGCGGCUUUCCAUUCUGAGAUUUGGGUUAUUGGUGUGGAGUGUGGGAGGUGUGGUGAGGAAGGGAAGGA